AAUUAAAGAAAUUUCAUUUCUAUCAGUUGUAUAUUUGCGUGAUUUCAAGUAACAUCAAAUUUUCUCUCUUUUUUUAUAUAUUCGCAAAAAUGUUGUCUCUCGGUGAUAUGCGAACAUCCUUGGGUUUGUCGGAGGAAUCAGUGACAAAUGAAAUGGUACACAAGGAAUUUUGCAAUAAUUUCUUUUACGCAAAUGUCUGUCAAUUUUGUAUUCAAUUGAGUAAAGAGAAAAUUGUAAAAAGAUGCUCAAAUUGUGACUGUAUUUUUUAUUGUUCGCGAGAUCAUCAAUUAUCUCAUCGUGAGGAACAUAAGGAUUUUUGUAAUGCAUUAAAAUUUAUUAAAACUAAUUUGGAUAAACAAGACAUUUUUCAAAAUAUGCCAAUGAUUGAUGCAUCAUUUAAAAAUUAUUUAAUCGAUCUGGCAGAAAUACAAUUGAAUAGACCAUUGAAAAAUUGUGAGAAACAAUCGUUUCUAUUUCCACGUGUUUGUCUCAUUUGUAACGAAAGUAAUCCAAAAUUGGUGAAAUCAUGUAAAAAUUGUCCUCACGCUAAUUUUUGUGUAAAACAUUUAGACGAUCUUGAUCAUCAGAGGGAAUGUCGAUUUUUUACAUUUUGUUUUUAUUUGGAUCAUUUUUCAUUGUUAUUCAAGACAAUACCUUUUGAUGAUUUUAUUAGUGUUUUUCCACGCAACACUAAAUACACUCCACUAUCAACAAAUAUGGGAAUGUUUCUCGUCGAUUAUGUGAAACCAUAUCACAAGGAUUUAUAUUUCGAUGCUGUUGAAGUACAAAUGCAUCUUUCGUCAAUUUUUUAUAGAGUUGUUACUGUAAUUUAUGCAAUACAAAGAUUAAAUCUCACGCGAUGCACACAACUUCAAAUUCAUGUGAUUUGUAAAAAACGAAUGGACGAAAUGAAUCAAAAUGAAUGGGAAAUUUUAUUUCAUUGGUUUCCAAAAUUAAAAUCAAUAAAAAUUGUUCUUAUCGGUUGUCAAGGAUUACCGAGACAUGUGCCAACGAAAUUAUGCGAUCUUUGUAAAGGAAUUAAAAGAACAUUAAAAGUUGAAGCUCACUAUGUUUUAUAUAAAGAUUAUUAUAAUGAAACUUUAAAAGUUCCCGAUAUUAUUGUUGCAUUUGAUGUUGGUUAUAUGACUUUUAGAACAUGGAUGGAAUCAUCGAGUAUAAUAACAUACAUGAAUACGCCUAUUGUUUUGACAGGAAUGACACAAGCCGAUUUAUUAGCGGGUCUUCAGGAUUGUGUCGAGGAUCCAAAUAAAUUUUCACAAAUUAUCAUCAAUCCUUUUGGUAGUUUAAGACCCCAAAGAAGUAGUCGAAGUGUUGUUUAUCCUAGUCAUUAUAUUAGUAUUUAUGGUGAUGAUUCACCGAAAAUUGCUGAUAUAUUGACGAGUGAUGAUGUUUUUGAUGAGAAUAAAACCGCCAAUGACAAUAAAACAAAAGCAGAAUUGAUUGCCGAAUUGAAAAUAAAAAAUUCACAAUUGGAGCAAAAAUUUGAAAUUUUCACUUCGGAAAUUCAUAAAUUAAAAUAUCGCAACGAUCAACUAUUAAAUUUUCUUGGAGAGGUGCAAGAACUUAAUAAUAAAUUUUUCAAUCUGGAAGACAGAUUUUACGAGACUUUCGAAACUAAAUGAAAAUCACAUUAAUUAUUUUAUAAAUUGUACAUAGGAUUUAAUAAUACCCGAAUUUGGUAACUGGAUUUCAAUAAUUUUAAAUAUGACUGAAUAUUGUACAAAAGUAGAUAUUUUAAGUAGAUUAUUUUUUUUUAAUUUUUGUCGAAACCUGUUUGAAGUGUAAAUAUCAUUUUAAUUGUACAUAAGACUAUCAUUUUGUGAAUGUAUCAAAAACGUACACUUCUUUAGUGUAAAUGGAAAAAAAAUGUUAUAGAUCUGAAUAGCUAAUUAA